CAAAGAGCUUUCCAUUGGUGAACUCAAGAUUCUCAUUUGAGGCUUUAAAAGUCAGGAAUCAUCCCAAAUCCAAUGUUCCUUCACUGGAGAAGGCAGGCAUCAAUAGUACGUUUAAUAAAUGAGGAAUGAUUGCAUGCCAGUAUAGAUAAGAGCUAGAGACACAGGGUCAGGAAGAUCCAGAUUCAAAUUCCACCUAGGAGAGUUGCCCAGAGUCAUUUAACUAAUGGGAUCCUACUGUUUCUUUCAAGUCAAAUAGGUAAGAGGGUCUGUAACCCUCAAAGUUCUGCAUAAACAAAGGCAAGCCAACCAGUCUGGCCCAAGGAGUCAAGGAGGUCUUUUUUUGAUCUCGCCUCUACAACUGAUUAGCUGUAUGGCCCUAGGCUAGUUUCUUAACUUUCCUGAGACCCGAUUUCCUCUUCUGUACAAUGGGGGUGGUUAAUGCCUGAACUACUUUCCUCCUAGGCUUUUGCUCAAAAAAAAAAAAAAAAAAAAAAAAAAGUGCUGUGAACUGGAGGGUUAUCCCAAAGUCAGUUGAUGAUGAUCACACCAACCUUCAGCCUCUCUGGCUGACAUUAUCCGUGCCUCUGAUGACUGACUUUCUCUAGGAAGGCUGCGCCGAAAGCCCAGCCCUCUCUUCAUGCUCCCAGGUUCUGAAGGUGGCUAAUGCCCUGUUCUCUCUUCUCUCUCUCCCGGCAGCCGCAGUACACAAAUCUGGGGCUCCUGAACAGUAUGGACCAGCAGAUCCCAAAUGGUUCCUCAUCCACCAGCCCCUACAACACGGAUCAUGCCCAGAACAGCGUCACAGCUCCCUCACCUUACGCCCAGCCGAGCUCCACCUUCGAUGCCCUGUCACCCUCGCCUGCCAUCCCCUCCAAUACAGACUACCCGGGACCCCACAGCUUUGAUGUCUCAUUUCAGCAGUCCAGCACUGCCAAGUCAGCUACAUGGACGUAUUCUACAGAGUUGAAGAAACUAUACUGCCAGAUAGCAAAGACCUGCCCCAUUCAGAUCAAGGUGAUGACCCCUCCACCACAAGGAGCCGUGAUACGGGCCAUGCCUGUGUAUAAGAAGGCUGAGCAUGUGACAGAGGUGGUCAAGCGCUGUCCCAAUCAUGAACUGAGUCGGGAAUUCAAUGAAGGACAAAUUGCCCCUCCUAGUCAUUUGAUCCGAGUAGAAGGGAACAGCCAUGCCCAAUAUGUAGAAGACCCGAUCACAGGAAGACAGAGUGUGCUGGUACCUUAUGAGCCACCUCAGGUUGGCACGGAAUUCACAACGGUCUUAUACAAUUUCAUGUGUAACAGCAGCUGUGUUGGAGGGAUGAACCGCAGACCCAUUUUGAUCAUCGUCACACUGGAGACCAGAGAUGGGCAAGUCCUGGGCCGCCGUUGUUUUGAAGCCCGCAUUUGUGCAUGCCCAGGUCGAGACAGGAAGGCAGACGAAGAUAGCAUUCGAAAGCAGCAAGUCUCAGACAGCUCAAAGAACGGUGAUGGUACGAAGCGCCCUUUCCGGCAGAAUACCCAUGGCAUUCAGAUGACGUCAAUCAAGAAACGUCGCUCCCCUGAUGAUGAGCUGUUAUACCUACCGGUUCGUGGCCGAGAGACUUAUGAAAUGUUGCUGAAGAUCAAGGAGUCCCUGGAACUCAUGCAGUACCUACCCCAGCACACCAUUGAGACCUACAGGCAACAGCAGCAACAGCAGCAUCAGCACCUACUCCAAAAACAUCUCCUUUCCGCCUGCUUCAGGAAUGAACUCGUGGAGCCCUGCAGAGAUGCUCCGAAACAAUCCGACGUCUUCUUUAAACAUUCCAACCCCCCCAACCCAUCAGUGUACCCAUAACAAAACACCACUUCUGCCUUUUGGAGUGUGCUAGUGGUGUGUUGUGUGUAUGUGUUGAUCAUUCAGCCCUGGGAAGCAGGAGUGGAGAACGCUUUGGCUCCGAGAUCCAAAGCCACUAGUGAAAACGAGCUCCCAAGGGACUCACAAUUCUGCCCCAAAAGACCUUUUCUGCUGAGCCCAG